AUGUUGUGUUGUGUGCCCAUGGCCGACAACUGUCACUGUGCUAUACUGACUUGCUCCCUUCCACUCUCUUUCUCUCUCUCUUCCAUUCCAACAGAGAACUUGACAUCAAUGGGAGGCCAAUCCAUCAACACCCGAUCAAUGGAGACUGUGGCUGGCGUCACUGGUACUUCUGGCGCCGAGUCCAACAAUGACCUUGCAUGCUGCUGGAGAAGAAGGGCCAACAUCAACAUCUUUGUGCUCCGUCGUCGUUGCUGUGGUGGAUGUGGAGGCUUUGGAGGCUUCGGUGAUGGAGACGGAGACAUCUUCUGA